AUGAAGCUCUUCGCUUUUACCCAAGCCUUUCUUCUCUUGUUUAUUUUUCUUGUACAAGACACACUGAGCUUGCCAACUUCUCUUCCCAACGAUACAAGGGACACCAGCUUAAACCUUGCUCUUGAAACUAGAUCCCAGCUCGAGAGAAGAGAUAGUUGGGAUUGUAAGGGGUCAGGAGUCUGUGGCAUUCACAUCAACCCCGAAUCAUGUCUACAAGCACUUGCCAAAUUCAACCCUGCUGUCACGUAUCGUGGACAAGUUCGUCAAUUUCAAGAUAACGGCGGCGCAAGGCUCGGCAGCUGUUUUGUUGAAUACGCCUGCGGGAAGAAAAAGGAUUACAUUUCCGCUGCAGAAUAUGGGGUCUCUACUGGACAAUCGAUUCGAGAAAGGUAUGUGUUUUAA